AACGCAACAGUGGCUGGAUGUUACGUAUAAAAAGGGGAGUGCCUAGAACUCAUUUAGAUGAGAUAUAAUUUGGUCUUAUUCACCUUGAAAACAAAAACAGAUACAACCCACGUCAGCACACACGCAUCUUAUAGCAUCACAUCCAAUGACUAUAAAAGAUGAAUGAGACCAAACUAUAUCUCAUCUAGAUGAGUUCUAGCAAAACUGUAUAAAAAGGCCUAGGCCAAAGCGCUCCAUCAACAAAUCGCAUUACCACCACGCACUCGCACGUAUUCCAGUGCGUCACUUGGAAGGCUCUACACGAGCUCGACCGCGCGUGGCAAUGGAGAUCGAAUCCAACACGAAGCAGUGCAGAGUUAAGGGAGCACCAUCUGAGGAGGACCGGCUGAGUGGCCUCCCCGACGACGUCCUCCACUCGAUCGUCGGCCGGGUCCCCCUCAAACAAGCCGUCCGCACCAGCGCCCUCUCCACGAGGUGGCCGUGCCUGUGGCUCCACGCGCUCGCCGCCUCCGCCGUCCUCGACUUCACCGACCGCGAAUUCGCCCGCGGCCAGUCCCUGGGGCGGAUCGUGGCCACGGUGAACCGCUGCCUGGAGGCCCACGGCGCGGCGCCCCUCGACGUGUUCCGCGUGGCGCUGUCCCCGUUCGACGCGUUUGGGCGGGACGUCGUCCGGUGGGCCGCGGCCGCCUUGGGGAGAGGCGCCAGGGAGGUGGGGGUGGACCUGACGCAGCACGCCGACGGCCGCGGGGCUCUGGAGCUUCCCGCGGACCUCUUCCAGGCCGAGAGCUCCCUCGCGGUGCUCAGCCUCGGCCGGUGCAGCCUCCGCGACGUCCCACCCGGCACGGCGGGGCUCGCCGGUCUCACAUCGCUCUCCCUCAACCAAGUCGACGUCACCGACGAUGCUGUCCGGGACGUGGUCUCCGGGUGCCGGCUGCUCGAGUUUCUGAGCCUGGAGAGCUGCCACCUUCUCGUGUCGGUGAGGGUCGCCGGCGAGAGGCUGCGGGGCCUGGAGAUCGUGCGCUGCCUGGCCAUGCGCCACCUGCAGGUGGCCGCGCCCGUGCUGGAGUCCGUCGUCUACCACGGCGACGUCCUCCUCAUCUGGAGAGAGGACGAGCCGUCCGGCGUGGAGUUCGUUGGCCCGGGCGGCAGGACCGAUGCCAGGCCGGAGCUAAAGGACGCGUACCUGACCCACAUCGGCUACGGCGUAUACGACGAAGUAAUUCACGAGUUCGCCUACUCGGGCUUCUUGGAUCAGGUCGCGCAUGCCAAGAUUUUGACACUUUGUUCCGUGGGCAUGCUGCACCUGGAAGAAGAGCGAUUGUUCGCGGAGGGCGACGUGGAUGCCCCGAACCUAGAAGAGCUGCAGCUGCUAAUGGACUCCGUCUCCAUGGGCGACGACGAUGUUACUCGCUUCUCCGGAUUCUUAGAGCUUGUCGUGGCGCCGCUCCUCGAGCGCCUCUUUAUCCGGCUCCCAGACGCGUGCGGCGGCACGGCGGGGACCGGCGAGGGCGCGGACAUCGUUCUCGAGUGCGAGAUCGCUCUCGACCACCUGACGUUCCUCAAGGUGGUGAACUUCCGAGGGACGAGGUGCGAGCUGCGGCUGCUAAGGUUCGUCCUGCGCAGGGCUCCUGUCCUCGAGCAGCUGGUGCUCGUCACCCCGGAAGACGUAGGAACUCCGGGGCACCAUGACCAGGAGGAGAGCGUCCGCCUGCUACUUAAGGUCGUCCAAGAGCACGUGUCAGAGAUCAGCAAGGCGUGGCUCUGGCAGGAGCCCUGUGUCACCGUGUGCCGGCCGAGGGAGGACGAUAGCCGGAGCCCUGCACACACCAAGUACUACCACCAUGAUCAUGCAUAGUUCAACUAGAGCUAAUUAAUUAGGCAUGGUUAAAGAAAAAGCACCCAAACCUAUCAAUAAGCCACAAGCCUUUUUUACUACUCAGUUAAAAAAGGUUAUUACUAAGGUUUGUAUAUCGAAACAUUAACAGAAUCACUAAAAGUCUCACGUCAGAUAUUGAGGAUCCCGUCACGAACGCUUCAUCCACUAUCUGACCACCUGCACGAAUUUUGACGCAAGUUCAUCGCCACGUCACCCAUUGCGAACCGUCCGCGCGGACGGGCGGUGAGAAGGACCCUUUUUCUCGCACUGGAUGGGGUGAGACGGCCCCCUUUGUUAUGCAUUUCUAGACCAGUCCACUCAUUCUCUUCCCCACUCACAGCAACCAUCACUUUCGAUUCCACCCCGACCAAUCGCCGACGAGGGUGUGUGUGGUGGCUUGCACGUGGUCCGUGGAUCUCGGCGGCAUGGUACUAGCUCGAGAAAGCGAUGGCGCUCGAGGAUGCACAGGGGCAGCGGCGGCGGUCACCAUCGAGGGUGUUGCAGCGGCCUGCCCGCGGAUCUCGGCGGCAUGAUGACGGAGCUAAAUCUGAUAGAUCUCGGAUAAGGGAUCCCGAAGUAAGUGUCUAGAUGUGAUGGUAACAAGGAUAUGAGGUUUUACCCAGGUUCAGGCUCUCCGAAGAAACAAUAUCCUACGUUUUGUUUGUUUUUAUUGUUUUGGGUUGGAGUGCAAAGUACAGAUAAUCUAUCAUGAGAUUGUUAUGUUGUUCUACGAGUCC